CUCCCUGCCCCGGCGUCUCCUUCCACAUCCAGAUCGGGCUGACCCGGGAGUUCGUCUUGCUGCCCGCGUCCUCGGAUCUCGCCCACGUCAAGCAACUGGCGUGCUCCAUCGUGGAUCAGAAGUUUCCCGAGUGCGGCUUCUACGGUCUCUACGACAAGAUCUUGCUCUUCAAACAUGACCCGUCCUCGGCCAACAUCCUGCAGCUGGUCCGCGCAGCCGGCGACAUCCAAGAAGGGGACCUGGUGGAAGUGGUGCUCUCAGCCUCCGCAACGUUCGAGGACUUCCGGAUCCGCCCUCACGCCCUCAACGUGCAUUCGUACCGGGCGCCAGCUUUCUGCGACCACUGUGGGGAGAUGCUCUUUGGCUUGGUCCGCCAAGGCCUUAAAUGUGACGGCUGUGGCCUGAACUAUCACAAGCGUUGCGCCUUCAGUAUCCCCAACAACUGCAGCGGGGCCCGGAAACGGCGGCUCUCGUCCACCUCGCUGGCCAACUCUCAGUCCCUGCGCCUCUCCAUCACAGACUCGCUGCCCAGCACCUCCGACGACCUGAGCCGGAUCUCUGCAGAGACCUUCCCCCGCCGGCUGGCUUCCUCCAGCUACAUCGGCCGCCCCAUUGAGCUGGACAAGCUCUUCCUCUCCAAGGUCAAAGUGCCCCACACCUUCCUCAUCCACUCGUACACCCGCCCCACCGUCUGCCAGUACUGCAAGAAGCUGCUGAAGGGCCUCUUCCGCCAGGGCCUCCAGUGCAAAGACUGCAAGUUCAACUGCCACAAGCGGUGCGCUACCCGCGUGCCCAAUGACUGCCUUGGAGAGACGCUGUUUAACGGCGGCGAUGUGACAAUGGAAGAAUCCAGUGAUCUUAGUGAAGCCGAGAAGAACUCGCUGAUGGACGAAUCGGACGACUCUGGCAUCAUCCCUGGGUCCCAUUCUGAGAACGAAUUGCAGAUGGGCGAGGACUCCGAUGACAUCAACAAAUCCCAGGGCGCCGUGGCCUACAUCCCCCUGAUGCGAGUGGUGCAGUCCGUCCGGCACACGACCCGCAAGUCCAGCACGGCUCUGAAGGAGGGCUGGGUGGUUCAUUUCAGCAACAUGGACACCUUGCGGAAACGCCAUUACUGGCGGCUGGACAGCAAAUGCCUCACCCUCUUCCAAAACAACACCAGCAGCCGCUACUACAAGGAGAUUCCACUGUCAGAGAUCUUGGCAGUGGAGACAGCCAAGGACUUCUCCCUGCUGCCGCCAGGUGCCAACCCCCACUGCUUCGAAAUUAUUACGGCCAAAGCCACCUACUACGUCGGAGAAAACGGUGUGCCCAGCAACCACCAGCAUGGCGGAGACAACCUGGAGACCGCCAGGGCUUGGGAGACCGCCAUCCGCCAGGCCCUCAUGCCGGUCGUCCUCCAAGGUGCCCCUAGCGCCCAGGGACAUGCUCCUCACAGACAAGCGUCAUUGCGAAUCUCUGUGUCCAACAGCCAAAUCCAGGAGAAUGUGGAUAUCGCCACCGUCUACCAGAUCUUUCCAGAUGAAGUCCUGGGCUCUGGGCAAUUUGGUGUUGUCUAUGGAGGGAAGCACCGGAAGACGGGGCGGGACGUUGCGGUGAAAGUGAUUGACAAGCUACGUUUCCCCACCCAGCAAGAGAGCCAACUGCGCAACGAAGUCGCCAUCUUGCAGAGUUUGAGACAUGCCGGCAUCGUGAAUCUAGAAUGCAUGUUUGAGACGCCGGAGAAAGUCUUUGUGGUGAUGGAGAAGCUUCACGGGGACAUGCUGGAAAUGAUCCUCUCGUCAGAGAAGGGACGGCUCCCCGACAGACUUACCAAGUUCCUUAUCACACAGAUCCUGGUGGCCCUGCGGCACCUGCAUUUCAAGAAUAUCGUGCACUGUGACCUGAAGCCUGAAAAUGUCCUUCUGGCUUCUGCCGAGCCGUUUCCCCAGGUGAAACUGUGCGACUUCGGCUUUGCUCGCAUCAUUGGCGAGAAGUCCUUCCGGCGUUCCGUUGUGGGCACUCCAGCCUACCUGGCCCCUGAGGUGCUGCUCAACCAGGGCUACAACCGCUCACUGGACAUGUGGUCAGUGGGGGUCAUCAUGUACGUCAGCCUGAGUGGCACCUUCCCUUUUAACGAAGACGAGGACAUCAACGACCAAAUCCAGAACGCUGCCUUCAUGUACCCGCCUAAUCCGUGGCGCCAGAUCUCGGUCGGAGCCAUUGAUCUGAUCAACAACUUACUCCAAGUGAAAAUGAGGAAGCGCUUCAGCGUUGAUAAAUCGCUCAGCCACUCUUGGCUACAGGAUUACCAAACUUGGCUGGACCUACGGGAGCUGGAGAACAGGAUGAACGAGCGCUACAUCACCCACGAGAGCGACGAUGCCCGGUGGGAGCACUUUGCGGCUGAGCACAGCCUGCCGUACCCUGCACACCUGCGAGUGCACCGGCUGGAGGAGGAGGAUGAGGAGGGUCAGCAGGAGGUGGAGAUGAAGGGCUUGUCCGAGAGGGUCAGCGUGCUCUGAAUGCCUCCCGUGACUGAAGGAUGGACAAGGCAAUGGACUCCCACGCAGGGCAUGCGCCUGCCUCCCUGUGGGACCUCGUUUUGAAUGGGAUGGCAGCUCCCCCUGGUGGCGACUCCAGGGAAAACUCUUCGUCUCCGAACUUGCCCCCAUUCACACGCCAACUUCUCCACUCGUUGCCCUGUUGGUGCAGGAUGGGGGCAGCCAGGAGCUCCAUAAUUUAGUUCUUUUGGGGGUCACUGUGGUAGGCCAGGCGCUGAAGAAGCAGAGGGAAUUUGGCAUUGAGUGGGGGAGGAAGAUGCGGCGAGGAGCCACUGGGGCUGUUCUGGUGCGUAAAGAGGGCGUGGCCAUCCUUGAGCCAGAAGAAGCAGAAGAAGAGGGGGGAGGCACUCUCCACAUGCUCAAAAGCACUUUGCCUAUAGGUCUUUUUUUUAUCCACAAAGCCUUGUUCCUUUUGUUCCUUAACUGGAGGUUCUUGGACAGGGUUGAUCCAUCUGUUGUUCUCCCUCGUUGGGGUUGAGUGUUGUCUGUUUAGUCUCAAACCUGGAGGCAAAUAUUCCAUGUUUAAUUGGAACAAAGAACUCAGUCGUCGGCUACUAAAACGGGGAAGCGGUCAACCCACGACUCCGAUUUCUCGCUUUCAACCCUCGCUUGCAAAUGGUUUACUUUCUCCCUCACUCCGCCCCCCCCCUUUUCCAAUUUUUGGCUCUUUCUGCUCCCCCAGCCACAAACGGUAGAGCGGCUCCGUGUCUGUUUAAAAAGUUACCGUCUGAAGCAGGCCGGGGCUGAAAAGACUAGCCCCUUGUGCGAGAAACAAAGCAACCUUUUCUUCCCGUCCAGGAGUCGACGGCGAAGUCCUCGGGCAAACGGUCUUGGCACCGAAAGCCUUUGCCACAUCCAGGGUCCAUUCACCGAAAGAGAGAAGCGAAACCAAAUGAAAAAAAGGUGCUUGGCCCUUCUCACUUUAAAAAGGAGGAGGAGGCUGAUGGAUUGGAAGCCCUGGCAUCUGCCUCUUUUGAAGGGUUAGCCAUCGGGGCACGGCUUAAAGACAACCUGGAAUAGCCUUCAGAAGUCUUGAAGUUUCGUGAUUGGAAGCGUAGAAAGAGAGAGGAACAUUUAAAUUAGUCUUCCCUUCCUCUCAAUCCAGAUGUGUUGGGAUACAAUUCCAAUCACCGCCAGGAGAGAUGUGCUGACUGGGGAUGAUGGAUGUUGUGUUAGAUUACAACACCCAUCAUCCCCAGUUGUAAACCAACACAUCUGGACGGUGGCAGGAUGGAGAAGACUGAUUUUAAGGGAUCCAGAGUCUUGUUUUUUCAAGGGAUCUGUUUCCUUGGGUACCUUUCCCACAUGUAGGGGUCUGCUGAGGAAUGCCCCCUGUGUCUGCCACGUAACACCUGUGCUUUGAUGAACAGCAGGGUAGGUAGGGAAUGGUGGCCUCAUCUCCAAAAAGGUUCUUGCCUAGUGUUGACAGGUCUGGAACCAUUUCCGUGUUCUCAAAAUGCUGGCAGAUGGCACUUGGGUCUCCAGAGCCUCCCAAGGCUCCUGCAAAAAUGGGUUUUGAAGAGGUGCUCCAGGCUGCAUUCUCCAGGACCUUCAUUUUGGCUGCUGGGAGGGGCAAAAAGAAAUUGCUUCCCCACCUCUGAGGCAGGAGCAAAGCAUCCGGCUGUACUUGAUCGGAGGGCUGCAUCACUGGCGUUGUGGGUGGGGGCUGAGACGUCUCGUUCUUACAACCACAAAAGGUUAUAUAUUGUAAAUAAAA